UUGUUUAUUUAUUAAAAACACAUUCUAUUUUGUUUUUAAUAACGUAUUUUCAGAGAUGAUGAGCAUUGUUGACUUAAAUAAUCGGUGCCUGCUUAAAAUUGUAGAGCACCUUGACCUGGAAGAACAACUGAUUCUAUGGGAUGCUACCGAAUUUAUGUCCCGCCUGAACAAUGUUAUUUCAAGCUGCUGGCACAGUCGAACCCAACACUUCUUGCAUGGGAAAUUAUUUCUUACUAAGGAUCCACUUCUUCAUGAAUUCCUGAAUUGCAUUAGUUCUACUGUGAUGAAGCUGUCCAUAGAAGACUUUUCCAUAGAUCAGAUGUCUGCUUUCCGGAGUCACAGAUUUCCCAAGCUCCGGGAACUUUCCUAUUUGAAGAUGGAAUCCUAUGUCGACGAUAUAGAGAUUUUGAUGGAAUCACCUAAUCAAAUUAGAUAUCGUGGGUGUUUCUAG